AUGUCCACACAAUCUAGAAAGUCUAAUAGCAGCAAGCAGCCGCACAGCACGCAUAAAAAACUGGAUCCCGAGCUAAAGUUUAAAUUGGAAACACUCACAGAACUGUUCCCCGACUGGACGAACGAUGACUUGAUCGACCUAGUGCAAGAAUAUGAAGACCUCGAAACAAUAAUUGACAAGAUCACCUCGGGUGCCGCAACGAAGUGGGACGAGGUCAAAAAGCCCUCCAAGAAGGAAAGGCAAAGAGAGCAACAACAACAGCAGCAGCAGCAACAGCAGGCACAACUAGCAGCACAGCAGGCCACACAACCCUCUUCACAAUCGCAUCAUAAUAACCACACGCACAUAUCGCCCUCUCACGACGGGGAUCAUUCGCAUAGCGCACAGACUUCGCAUAAUCACCACCAGAGUAAGUCCUCGAAGUUCAGUAGCAGGGAAAGAGAUUCCAGCUCCAGGUCUCACAAGAAGAGCUCCAAUAACGCGGCCGCCUCCGGGCCCAAUGGGUCGGGCAAUGCUAGGAGAGAGCGCGCGUCUGGUGCGUCACGGGUACCAGCUACGUCUGCCGCUUCCGCCGCUUCUGCUAACGCCUCUGCCGUUCAACCUGACCAUUUGAAGACUGCCGUAUCGGCAGCUAAGACCGCUUCCUCUACUUCGUGGGCAGCUAUGGCUUCAGACAAAAAAGCUGCCAAGCAGUCUGCUCAGGCCAAGAAAGCCGAAGAGCAGCAGCAGGAACAACAAUCUCCCCAACAAGCUCAGCAUGAAUCCACGGCGCCAUCUCCACAGCAAGAAGCAGAACCACAGUCACAGUCACAGUCAAAGUCACAGCCACAAUCGGACAACAAGAGCGCUGAAAGUGUCUCUUCAACCUCGACUCCGGCUACUGAGGAUUUAGAAAAACCCAAGAAGAUGACCUGGGCAGCGAUUGUCAAGCCAAAAACGAAACCAAGCGUUAAGAAAUCUGAACCUCUAGAGGAGCUAGAGGACUUGAAGAGAGAGGCUGCCCAAAUUUCUACUGAGGAGCCAGAAGCCGCCGAGAAGGUCAUUGAACAAGUUAUUGAGCAGGUGGAGCAAACGCCUGAAGAAGUUGUGGAGCAGGUCGAGGUUACCGUGGUUCCCGAGGAAGUUUCGCAGGAAAGCGAAGAGGCAUCAGCUCAACAGGAAGAAACUGCAGAACCUGCCGCACCUGUGGUACCAGCAGAGCCAGAAGCUGCUAGUUCGGAAGAGAAAGCUGCCCCAGCUCAGCCUGAGCAAGGCACUUAUUCUCCUGUCGCCCAGCAGCAACAGCCACAGCAGCAACAACAGCCACAGCAGCAGCAGCAAGCCCAGCAACAACAGCAACAGCCAACUGCUUACAGCGAAGACAAACAAUCUCAAGCUCAGCAGGCACAAUCACAACAAGCACAGUCAUUCUACCAAGCACAACCUCAACAGUACGGUUCUCAAACUCCACAGCAGACACCUCAAACUUUGCAGCAGCAGAACGCUGCCGCCGCCGCUGCCGCUGCUCAGCAACAGUACUAUAUGUACCAAAACCAAUUCCCAGGUUAUUCUUACCCUGGAAUGUUUGACAGCCAAUCCUACCCAGCUGGCUAUGGUCAGCAGUACGCACCCCAAAGCCAGAACGGGUCCCAACCACAGACUGCAUCCACUCAACAAUCGCAGUCUGGCCAAUAUGGCGUGCCUCCUGGUUAUGCCAGCACUGGCAGAGACCUAGGCGCUGCAUCGCCUAUGGCUGCUCAGGUUCAACUGCAGCAGCAGCAACAACAACAACCUUAUGGUGGAUCUUUCAUGCCUUAUUACCACUUUUACCAACAAUCGUUCCCAUACGGGCAACCUCAAUAUGGCAUGGCAGGCCAGUACCCUUACCAGGUGCCUAAAGCCUACAACUACAUGAACCAGUACCAGCCUCAGCAGGGAGGUCAAACGCCAUCUUCACAAUCACAGCAGGGUGAGGAAGCUCAGCAAAGCGCUCAGCAGGGUCAAGCCACUGCCUCUCAGGGUCAAGCUCAGGGCUCGGGCAGCCAGGGUCAAGCUCAGACUAACGCUCAACAACAAGCCCAGCUGCAGCAAUACUAUCAAUUCCAGCAGCAGCAACAACAACAACAAGCUGCUGCCGCUGCCGCUGCCGCUCAACAGGGUGGUGUUCCAUACGGCUACUCAGGCUACGACUUCUCCUCACAAGCCACUAGGGGCUUUUACUAA